CUUAUGUCUUUAUAAACUCUAGUGUUCAAAUCAAAAAAUUCAAUCCCACAUUAAUGGCUUUGAAAGUUUUAUCCGCACUCGAUAAUGCAAAAACACAAUAUUACCAUUUUAAAGCGAUCAUAAUCGCCGGAAUGGGUCUUUUUACCGAUAGUUACGACUUGUUCUGUAUCCCUCCGAUCAUGAGACUGAUCGGAAGGAUAUAUUACCCUAAAUUCAAUGAAAAACUGGAAGAGAAGCAAUUGUUCGAAGUCCCAGGAAUCAUCGCAUCAACCAUGUUCGGUGUAGCGUUAAUGGGGGCGGUGAUCGGGCAGCUCAUUUUCGGGCGGCUCGGUGACUGUGUCGGGCGGCGCCAAGUGUACGGUGUUGCACUCAUAUUGAUGGUUGUGGGGUCCAUCGGAUGUGGGUUUUCACUCUCGACAUUGACUCCAUUGGUGUUUGUCAGUCUUGGAUUUUUUCGGUUUUUACUUGGUGUAGGGAUUGGAGGGGAUUACCCUUUAUCUGCUACAAUUAUGUCGGAGUUUGCUAACCGGAGGACUCGUGGGACGUUUAUUGCCGGAGUUUUUUCUAUGCAAGGGUUCGGGAUACUGUUUAGUUCGCUUGUUACCAUGAUGGUUUGCUCCAUUUUUAGAGUUUCAGCCGAUAAAUUGAUAGCUCCAUUUGAACUCCCGGAAUCGGAAAAAAAUGCCCCGGUACCGCCGGAAUCGGACUUGGCAUGGCGGCUAAUUCUCAUGGUCGGUGGAAUUCCAGCGUUGAUGACUUAUUAUUGGCGAAUGAAGAUGCCGGAAACCGCUCGAUUUACAGCUUUGGUCGAGAAAAACACACUUCAAGCAGCGAAAGAUAUGGAGAAAGUGUUAAAAGUAUCACUGAGUCAAAUCCAAGAAGAUGUCGAGAUGAUCAGCACCCCAAUCAACCGUGUAUCUUCCUUAAACACGUAUGGCUUCUUUUCAAAAGAAUUUCUCCGGCGACAUGGCCGUGAUCUCAUGGCAGCAUCCACAAACUGGUUUCUCCUCGAUAUCGUCUUCUACAGUCUAAAUCUAUUCCAAUAUCACGCAUUUAAACAUCACAUGACUCCAAAGAUCCACAUGAAUCUAUACGAAGAUGCAUUGCAGGUUGCGAAAUUUCAAGCAAUCAUUGCAGUCUCUGCAACGAUCCCUGGUUAUUUCGUGACAGUUUACCUGAUUGAUCGCGUCGGAAGAGUCACGAUUCAGGCGACCGGGUUCUUUUUCAUGGCUGUAAGCUUGUUUACAACCGCGAAAAUCAACAGGGGCAAUUGGGGAUCGAAUGCGAAUGUCGGGUUCAUGAUAUUUUACGGAUUUACGUUCUUUUUUUCCAAUUUUGGGCCGAACACCACCACAUUCAUAGUCCCGGCGGAGCUUUUUCCGGCGAGGUUUCGUGCAACUUGUCAUGGGAUUUCCGGUGCGGUUGGAAAAGUGGGGGCGAUAAUUGGAACGAUCGGGUUCUUAUGGGCUUCUCGUGAUCCACGACAUGGGGUUGAUGUGUCGAAAGCUUUAACAGCAAUGGGUGUGGUUUGUGUUUUAGGGUUUUUUGUUACAUAUUUCUUUACUAGGGAAACAAUUGGGCGGUCGUUGGAGGAUAAUGAAAAUGUCGACGAGCUCACCGGAGUCUGGUUUAUUAGGUUUUGGCCCAAUAAGAUAUGGGAGAAAGCAGUUCAACAAACACCUAUGAACUAAAGUCACAUCUAUCUUCCUUGUAAUAUACUCUUUUGUUAAUUUCAUAGUUUUCUGUUGAAACAUACUUGUAAAUUAGUCGGUCGGUGAUCGGAGGUGUUGGUGGAGGUUGUGGUUGCGGACUUGCGGUGACGGAUGGCAAUUGGUAUGUGGGAUAUUUUUGAAAGGAUUAUACAGAAUUUAUAGUUUACCAUUUAAUUUUAAUUUUAAGUUUUGUUGUUAUGUUAUUUUUAUGUAAAUACAAAGAAUAUAUAAUAGAUAAAAUAAGUAAUUUAAUAUUUACUAAUAAAA